AUGAAAGACGUUCAGAAAGACCUCCACAAUGCAGUGGCUCGAGGGAGCCUGGACACCAUACGUGCUCUGAUAGAACAAGGUGCUGAUGUCAACACGACACAGCACGAUAUACUCAAAGACGCCAUAGCGCACAAUCAUGAAGAUGUUGUGGACUUGCUUAUACCGCACUGCGAUCCUGUGCGCUCGUUUGACGCUUUGGAGACUGCCAUCUUUCUGGGAUUCUACCAAAUCGGAGACCGUCUUGUCAAAUCUGGGAGGUUUUAUCACCCACACCAGUGGAGCUGGGAUUCAAAGUACUUGAAGUACAUGACAUUUCCUGAUCGUCACGAAACGAAAAUUCUCGAAAAUUGGGACCAUUUUUUGAGACAUCAUUGCGAAGAAUCGAAAAUAAACCCUCUUUACUUUGAUUACCUGCUUCUCCUCGCAGCCAAAAUCAAAGAAAAUCACGAUUUCAUCAAUUUGUUACUCACAGGCUCCAAAAAAUGGGGACACAAAUUGAACGUCAAUUGUAAGAUCAAGGUUGAAUCUCACUUCGAGACUCCCCUGACUGCUGCUGCUGAGAAUGGCAACGAUAAUGUUCUUCGGCUUCUUGUACACCAUCCCGAUAUCGACUCGACAAUAUGUGGAAAGAAGGACUGGCCGGCAAUUAUACACUUGUUGCGAAAUGACAACUGGAGGUACAGUCUGGAUGUGAUAGAUGAUCUGAAAGUACACAUACCCAAAAAGCAGACAGCACUCCAUGAGUGGCAAGAUGAACUCGAAAUCGUCUUUGAAAAUGUCAUGCGCUCUUACCAUCCACUUGCCGUGAAACGUGUGCUUCGUUUUGCUCAGGGCGCAGGGGCUAGAGCUUUGCCAUUGAUGAUAAUGGCUGGUGAUACAACUGGAUUUAAUUGGAUACUCAACCGUCGGGGGAUUAACAUGUCCGAGCCGGCCCCUCUGCUAUGGAGCCUUCUUUUCAACUACAUUGAAGUCAAUAAUGAUUUUGAGUGUCUCGAAACCCUUUUAUACGUUGCAGAGCUUUUAGUGAAGGCUGAGAUAUGGAAUCCCGUCUUGCUUCAAUGCCUCCGAGCUCGAAACUUUUCUUUUGCUCGGCAAUUUUGCUUUUGGCCACCCAAUGAGAUGACGUUCACACUCUGUGGGAUCCUUCCAAUAGAAGUAUCAAGAAUGGCACUUCUAGGGUUUAGACAGGCUUCUGGGGAUGUCGCUUUGGUGAAGAUAUGGAUCGACAAGGGGUUUGCUGACAGUGCCCUAUGGAACGCUUACCACGACAACUGGCUUACUACAAGCCUUGAAGAAGUGCUUGCUUACCCCGGCAUCAAUCCAAAUCGACCGGAUCCUCAUUUGGGUGAUAUCAAAAGACCGGAUUUCCCAACAAUUAAACAUCCAUUUUUCCAAGCAGACCAGGACGAAGAAGAUGAACGUGUUGAUCUUCCAUUACGAAAGCCUGCGCCAUUCGAUGAUUAUCAGAACCUCCCGCUGCAGGACUACUCAUUUCAGUUAAUGUUAAAAGAGAGGCACAAUAAGAGACACCUGCUCCGAGCUCAACAAUCUGCUCUCACUUGGGCAGUGGCGAUGCAGAACAUUCAACUCGUGGAUGUCCUUUUGCGAUGUCCUCGGAUUAAUGUCAACCUUCAAGACCGAAAUAAUCGAACGCCUCUCAUCUUUGCUGUGGCGGUUGGAAACAGCGAGAUUUUGAAGAGAAUUCUGGCUCGAGAGGAUUUGAACAUCAAUCUACAGGAUUAUCAAGGACGAUCCGCCAUAUUCUAUGCUGCUCAAAGCGGCGAUACAGAUAUCACUCAACUACUCAUGCAGACUGGUAGAGUAGAUCUGAAGAUUCCCGAUGCUAUGCAACGAACGGCUCUGAGUUUUGCUCUCCAGGAGGGGCAUGAUGGUGUCGUUGCUUUGCUUGGCUGA